CUAUUUAUGUUGAUAUGGUUAUCAAUCAUAGUGAUGCGAAGAAAAUCGACACAUGUUAACCUCGUGGAUCGUUCCUGUUACACUCAUAUCCAUUGGGAUGAUUUGGUGAAGGACUCCUCUGUUUCGGAGAAGCAAGUCAUUCACCUUGUGGGCAACAUAGUUCCAUGUUAUUUGUCCUAAAUUCCUGACUAUCGUCAAAGAGGAAACAGAAAAUGGGAUUUUCACAAUAUAAUGUGUUCAACUAUUAUGAGCUCUCUCUCAAGUCUCACCUCACCUCCCCUCCGGAACAAUGAUGAUACUUACUGGUACGUUCACAUGGGAAAGAAUUCUGAAUCUGAAACCAUAGUCCGGCCACCAAAGGAAGCAGCACAGGAAAAUGACAGACUUGUCAGGCAAAUGAGAGCUAUGACGAAAUCUCAAGAUCGAUCUGUCCUAGAAAGAGUGAAAAUGGCGCUAAUCAUUCGUCUCACGACGGAAGUACAAAACAGAUAGAAUUAAUUUCCACAGUAACGAGAAAUUUGUGAUCUUGGUCGGUCUCGUGAUUAAUUGCAUGUACAUUGCUAACAUAUGAUUUUUGAAAUUAGACAUUUUUCUAGACAAAUUUGAAAUUUCUUAAGACACUAAUGAGAAACCCUGUCAAUCAAAAUGAGUGCGUGUACAACUGUGCAGCUGUCUGAAUGCGUGCUGAGUGUCAGAUCUUGCACAUAUGAAUGUGACUGUGGAAGUUGACACAUGAACAAUCACACACACCCCAAACAGAGGCCAAUUGGAGGAGUGGAGUGGAGGGGCCUAUAAAUAUAUAGUGUUUUGGACAUUGGAGGAGGCAGAGCAGCAGCAGCAGCAUAGUUAGUAGAUCAGGAAGCCAUGGCUGCUGCAGAGUUCAAGCAUUUGGUCAUCAUCAAGUUCAAAGAAGGUGUUGUGGUGGAUGAUAUCAUCAAAGGGAUGGAGAAGCUCGUCUCUCAGAUUCCUCUCAUCAAGUCACUGGAAUGGGGGCACGAUUCGGAAGGCCAUGAGAUGCUGACACAAGGAUUCACACAUGCAUUCACAUUGACAUUCAACAGCAAGGAGGAUUAUGGAGCUUAUGAAUCCCACCCUGAUCACCUGGAGUAUGCUGCUGUUUUCUCAGCAAGUAUUGAGAAAUGUGUUGUUCUUAACUUCCCAAGACUAUCCCUCUCAAGCAGCCAGCACCAGCAACCUGAUCACAUCUCCAGUGUGGAAUGAGAUUACAACAGCUAUAUAUGGUUAUUGUAGCUUGUGUGAUGGGGAGUAUGAUCAUCAUUUUCCAAGUGGGUUAUUGUUGCUGAGUGCUUUAAUAAAAGCUUAGUUUUGUAUCAGAGAAGAAUUGGGUUGUUGUUCUGUUUUCUUGCUGAUUUGCAGGCAUGCCUCUGUCUUCCUUGGACGAAGAAGUCAAGUGUUUUAGCACUCUUUAGGUCAUGUUUGGGUUUGACAAUGUGGAAGAGCUUGUCCUGAUUUGUCAAAAAGAGAGAAACAAUGUGGCCAAAAGUGGAAUUAGUAUUUGGGCGCCUCUCAAUCAUGGACAUGGAGGGCCUGUUUUGUGGCAAGCAAAAGUUGCUGUCUUGUCCUUUAUGAUUCCAAACUGUCGAAUCUAAAGAUCAAAACCGGUCACUAAUGGUACUAAUUAUUAACAUGUUCCUUUCUCUCAGCUUUUCAUGUUUGCCAAGCCCAAGCUGGUAUGCCUGAAAAUGCAGGGCUUCUCAGUAAUCAUACUCAGUCCUGGUAGAAUGUGGAAAACUCAUGGACAUGUAAAUCCAAGCAAAAAUCUAAGAGUGACAAAAACAUGUGAUGCCAGCCAAUCACCCAUCACUGAGAUUAUAAACAUUUACUGAAGCAAGAAAGCAGAAAGGUAGACAGAAGGGAACAUGCAGAAUCUCUUGCAGAUUGGGGGGAAAACACAGAUUUGUCAACAAAGUAAAAACUUUUUUUCUGUAAUGGAGAAAGACAUCUGUUCCCAAAUAAAAAUAUUCCCCAAUGUCCAUAUUAUAAUCAUUUUGUAUUAAAGGAUAGAGGAUAUCAACGAUUUGCUGGUAAUGAUAGGAUAGACGUAAGCACGUGUUUAUAUCUCUUCAAUCGUUUUACGAAAAAACAAACGGUUGUGAAUGAAGCAUGCACAAUCACACAAAUACAUUACGAUCGUCCAUUUUACAUCUUGCUCUGUGUGCUCUAUAACUGUUUGAUCGAAAUCGCACGACCGAGGAAGCAAACAAAUGAUAUUUAUGCCU